AAAUAUAUUGGCACACGACCGAAUAACACCCUAUAAUUGUGGCACACGACCCAUUGUUAACUUUACUUUCCAGUCAUAUUCUCAACUCCCCCUACGAUAAUGAUCCCUCCUCACAACACUGCUCACUUUGACACCUACUGGCGCCCGCUGCUCAAAGACUUCUCCAAGGUGGCCCUCGGUGAAGACGCGACGUCCCGACUUUUUGACACCUCUUGCCACCUGUCCUUGUCGGCCAGCAGCACCGUGCUUGACCCCACGCGCCUUCGACAAGCAGCUCUCAUAGCUUGGUCCUUUGUUCUUUCUCGCCAUGCUGGCGUAGACGAUGUCAUCGUCGCCGAACUAUGCAAGACAAAUCAUGUGGUCGCGCUUGUUCCCCGGCGUGUCCAGUUGGCGUCAGCUGCCGCUCCUUGCGAUCAGAUACUCAGUCAGAUAGAGUAUCGCGCUCCCUUUGCAUGGGAGCGCGCCGAUGAACUCGGUCUGAGUGGUGUAUACGGCUUUAUUGAGACAUCUUGCUCAGAAUCCAUCCCUGCACAAAGUCUGCCUCUACGAAAGGACGACAGUGCUCUUCAUCUUUCUGUCUUGUUCUCACCAGCCUCAUCGGCUAUCUCGCUCUCUCUUGCAUUCAGUUCUUCCUCUUUCCACAAAAAUGACGCUCGGUAUAUCUUACAGCAUCUCUCGUUCGCUCUUCACCAGCUCCUCGACGAUCCUGCAAUAUUAUGCGACGAUAUCGAGAUGAUGUCCCCACAGGAACAUCAAUUCACAAAAUGUCUUCCCUCUCUCGUGGACGUCAACGGUCUUACGCACCCAGAAGACCCCACUCGUUAUUCUUUUGCACAAGACCUCCUCAGGCGUCAAGUCAUUUCACGCCCAGAGUCCGUGGCCAUUGUUUGGCAGGGUGAACCACUGUACACCUACGCGUCUCUCGACUCGGCCUCGACCAAGCUCGCGUACUAUCUCACCAAAAAUCACGCCAUCGGUCCCGGUGACGUCGUCGUCAUCUUCUCAGAGCACUCGCCAUUCGUCAUAGUCGCCAUGUAUGCGCUCUUAAAAGCUGGCGCAGCUUACCUCCCUAUUGACGUCGAAGCACCGGACGCGAUCAUACGACAUGCAGUCAACAUGGUUGACUCCAAGCUGUUGCUCACUCUCGACAGUUUGCACCCAAAACUCGCUGCUCUGUCUCUAGAGCGCUCCAUUGUUUCGCUCGAUAAAGAGGAACAGCUCUGGCUUGGCGUCCCUCAGGAACAUCUGGAUCAGUAUAGACCUGUUCUAGGAGACCCUCAUACUACUUUGGCAUAUGUGAAUCUCACGAGUGGAUCUACCGGCCUGCCAAAGGGGUGCAUGAUCUCACAUUCAAACUUGGUAAAUUGGAUCGUCGAAGCUACUCCCGGAUACGGACGUACUUCAGAGACCCGAACUCUCCAGAUAUGCAAGCUCCAAUUUGAUGGGAUCACGGAAGAGAUCUUCAUGACACUGUAUCAGGGAGGAACGUUGUGCAUGGCUCCUCCCCAAGCAAUCGAAGCAAACCUUAAGGAUGUGGUCAAUAGCAUGCAAGUGACGAUGCUGACGUUGACGCCAACAAGGGCGUCCUUACUUGAUCCAGCCGAACUCCCUUCUUUGUCGGUUUUGGUGAUGACCGGGGAACCACUCAGGCACCAUGCUCGCGAACGAUGGAUCGAGGCAGGGAAGACAGUGUGUAACGCUUUUGGGCCCACCGAAACUAUCUGUUGCUUCAUGUUAGAAAAUCCAGUGCGCUCUUCUGAGUCGAACGAGACACCCUGUGGACUUACACUGAACAAAACUACACGGGUCUACUGUCUGAACCCCUCUCUUGAAUCCGUUCCUGUCGGAUGUGUAGGCGAGAUUUGCAUUUCGGGGCCAACUGUGGGCAUGGGCUAUUUUGGGAAUGUAGAAAAAUCACAGGAAGCAUAUGUCACAGAUCCUUUCAGAAAAGAGUACAGGAUGUACAGAACAGGAGACCUGGGCCGUAACACAUCCAAUGGCAGUCUGAACCACGAAGGUCGCCUUUUGUUCGUAGGACGCCGUGAUCAACAAAUUAAACUCAACGGAAAUCGCAUAGAGCUAGGUGGGAUUGAAGCAGUCCUUCAGGCUGGCCAAAGCACGUGGUCAACAUGUGCAGAUAUCGUCACCUUCCGUGGUAGCUCUCGUCUCGCCGCGUUCCUCGCGCUCAAAAGUGUCAUCGGCUCGCACCAUGACAUGUCCCUUGCUCUGACAUCCGACAGUAAGCUCGAGGCCGCGCGCCUGUCCGAGUUCUGCGCCACAAAGCUGCACAAGUCAAUGGUCCCCACGCUGUGGAUCCCAGUGGAAGCGUUCCCGCACACCAUUUCUGGGAAGUUGAACCGCAAGGCCAUCAAGCAAUUCUUCCACGAGCUCUCGGAGGAAGAUACAGACGCUGUCGGAGACUUGCUCGUCACCCGCGCAGAGAUCGUGCAGCCCACUUCAAGUGUCGAGAAGGAGCUCCAGGCCAUAUGGUCUUCGUGCUUGAAAGUCCCCCUCCACCGCGUUGGCAUCCAUAAUUCCCUCUUUGAUCUUGGAGCCGACUCUCUCGGUACGCUUCGAUUGGCAGCUAUACUUGGAAAGGCUGGGUUCCGUGUGACGCCUAUUGAGCUUCGAAAGCUCCAGACCAUCGCCCAAGUUGCAUUGGCCCUCACGAGCCAGAGCUCUGAACCGGCUCGUGUCGUUGCCCGACCGUUGCCGUUGUUGUCUAUCAAGAGUGCAGCAAUGGAUAACGAAUUGAGGCUCCACGGGAUAGCCAUUGACGAUGUGGACGCCGUCAUUCCAGCCACCCCAUUCCAGAAAGGUGUCCUUUUGCAUCCUACCGAUACGCAGGACGGCUUCAUGUCCACCAUGCACUUCGCUAUCACCCAAAACAUUGAUCGCGAGAAAUUCGUGGAGGUUCUGGACAGCUUGAAGGCAAGGCACCCGAUUCUCCGCACUGCGUUCUUGAUGACGGCCGCCCAUUCCAUUGUCCAAGUAGUGCUCAAACAAGGGCCUUCUGUUACUGUUGUCAAAGGAGACCAUUUCGACCCGGUUGCGGGGUAUCAAUGGGGAAGAGUCGCUUUCAACUUUACGCUUGUGUGCAACUCGGAAGGUCCCUCAGAGCUGAUCAUUGUCGCGCAUCAUGCAUUGUUUGACGGAUGGAGUAUACGCCUGUUAUUGAGCGACUUGAUGAAAGAAUAUUCGGGACAUUUGACUCUCAGACCUUCUUGGCAUAAUUUCGUCGCGUAUGCCGGCGCUGCGGAUACCGAGGCAUCUAUCGCGUUUUGGAGAGAAUAUCUGCAAGGGGUCCAACCUACCAAAUUCUGCAAGCCCAAGUCUCUACCAGACAGUGGGGUCGGGUCUGUGUCGCGUAGCUUCGACAUCGACUUGGCACAGUCGUCGCAGAAGCUGCAGGUGAUGGAUAGUGUUUUGAUGGACGCUGCGUGGAGCUUUGUACAAUUCUUGCACAGCAACGACGAGGAUGUCGUCUUCAACCUCAUUUCCUCUGGUCGUGAUGUACCGGUGGAGGGUGUUAUGGACAUGAUAGGCCCCUGUCUCACUCAUUAUCCCUUGAGAAUCAACUUCUCCAAGAUCACGACCAUCAAGGCCCUCGUUGAAGCUGUUCAAGAUGUACUGUUUACUACCCAUGGCCAUGGCAUUGUAGGGACGGGCGCGAUCGUCAAGGCAUCUGGAAGCUCAACUAGAGCUGCUCUAUCUAACGUCGACUUCGUAUUCCAAGCUAUUGAUUCAGUCUUUGAAAUCUCGCAGGAGGAGAUGUGGAUACAUCACAAGGUGUCCAACCUUGACUCUGCAACGCCAUUGACAAUUCAAGUCCAAACUUCUCCUGGCCACGCUGGUUUCAAGGUCUCGGCCUCACAUGAUCGAUCUGCUGUCUCCAGUGAAGAGGUCGCGUGUAUGCUGGACCGUUUCGGACAGUUUGUUAAGCUGGCAUUGACACAGCCAGAGACAGAGUUGGCGGCCGCCAACUUCAUGAUUUCGGGAGAGAUCGAGCAAGUCAUAAUGAAAAAUCCUGACGCUGGCUUGCAGUCUUUGGCAUUGGUGAUGUUCACUUCCCACGUCCGCGAACGGCCCCACGAUCUUGCUGUAGAGAUGGAUCGCGACACAUCCUUGACUUACUUCGAAUUGGACGCCCAUUCAUCUGCUUAUGCGUCAAAACUCCUUUCUAUGCGACUUGAUCGCGAUAAACCCGUUUUAGUUCAUCUCGAGAAAGGUCUUGCGCUUGUGGUAACGGUAUUGGCCUGCUUCAAAGCUGGUGUCUGUUUUUGUAUGAUCUCUCCAGACUGUCCCACAGGGCGGAUGCAAAUCAUCAUAGAAGAUAUCAAGCCGCAGCUCGUUAUAUCACCAAAGCCUGCCGCUAAUUAUCCUGUACCAGUGCUGUCUCCAGUGUCUGUGGGUCGCAUUUGUUCAUACUACGCAUCACCAUACAAGCCACCGCUUUUCCCUGGUUCGCUUGCAUGGAUCAUGAUGACGUCUGGAACAACGGGAAGGCCAAAGCCGAUUGGCUUUAGCCGCUCGAACCUGGAUGCUUUUACGAGUGGGGACCAUUCUCACAGAGAAAGGCGUCGUUGCCUGAAUUUUGCGUCGGUUCACUUCGAUGCAUCAAUGGAGGAUUUCUUCACGACUUUGACCCAAGGCGGCUGUCUUUGCCUAGCUUCCGAUGCAAGUUUGCGGGAGGACCUUCCUGGCGUUAUCCGGCGCAUGCGUAUUCAAGUUGCUUCGCUUACACCAACGGUGGCCAAGCUCCUCAUAGGAGAACAAUUUGAGACGCUAGAGACUUUGAUGUUGGGUGGCGAAGCCUACUCUCCACAACUUCGCGACUGCCUUCUGGCUACUGGUAUCUCUAAGCUUCAGUCAGGCUACGGGCCGUCGGAGUGUACAGUGAAGUGCUUCAUGGACGUCAUGGCACCUGGCAUUCCCUUCUACCGACCAACGACCUUGGGUAAAGUAUUCGGUCACAACGCUGUUGUCGUUUUGGAUGAUAAGCUCCGACCUGUUCCUUUCGGGGCAGCAGGCGAGCUUUUCAUUAGCGGCCCCCAGGUUUCCACAGGUUAUGUUGGACAACCUGACAAGACUGCACAGGCCUUCGUUACAAUUGACCUUCCUCGAGGGAAUCAGACGCGAUGGUAUCGAUCAGGCGAUAUGGUACGCCUACUUCCCACUCGCACUGUGGAAUUCCUCGGCAGAAAAGACCGACAAGUGAAGAUUCGUGGCCAACGCAUUGAACUUUCCGACAUUGAGACCUGCAUCCUCGAGGUUUGCCCGUCGAUCGCUCAAGCUGCUGUCAUUCCUGUAACCGAUGCAACGGAAGCGCAAAUCCUGGUCUCUUUCGUCGUCAUGAAAGGUGACGCGUGGUUGAAUGUCUCAGAGGUGUUGGGGCGUCUUCGCCACCGAACUGUUGUGACGCCAACUGAGAUUAUCAUUGUUCAUCGUCUACCGAUCAAUGCCUCGGGAAAACUUGACGUACCCAGCCUGCAGAAUCUCUAUACAGAGCAUCAAAAGCGCAGUCGUGCAGAGACCCCUCCGAACGAGACCUGUGCCGCCGCACCAGAAGAACCCAAGCCCUGCUCGUCUCUUUCGACGCACGAGACAUUGGUUCGAACUCUCUGGGCGGGUGUGUUAAACAUUGACGAGUCAGCGAUUGGUAUAGAUGACUCGUUCUCUGACGUUGGUGGAGACUCGUUCAAAUGGAUGCAGCUCUCACAAGCUUUCGUUCGGGCCAAAAUUAGAACCGCUUUGAAGAAUUUGAUUGCGGCGGGGACUGUUCGCAACCAGGCGCUGUUGAUUCCCAAAUGAUAGACUGUACUUAAUAAUAACACUCACGAGUGGCGCUCCUUUAUUUUUUAGUAGCAGUUAUCCGUUUUUAGAUUUUAUCAAAAUUUCCAUAAUGAUGUGUUAAU